AUGGGGCCAGCUGUCCCCAGGUCCCCACGGCUGGCCACCUCUCCGGACAUCAGGCUGGUGUCUGAGCAGUUCUCGCAGUCCCCGCAGAAGCUGUCUUUCUACAGCUGGUACGGCAGCGCCAGACUCUACCGCUUCCGCGUGCCCCCGGACACCGUGCUGCUGCGCUGGCUGCUGCAGGUGGCCCAGGGCGGCGGCCCCACCUGUGCCAACCUGGAGAUCACCGUGUACUUCCGCUAUGGCGCCCCUCCCGUCAUCAACCCCCUGGGUACCAGCUUCCCUGCCAACACCUCCAUGCAGCCCUCCUUCCUCAUCAAGAUGCUGCAGAGCAACACUUCCAUCAACGUCUCCCACCCAGCGCCUGGGGACUGGUUUGUGGCUGCCCACCUGCCCCCCUCAUCCCAGAAGAUUGAGGUGAAGGGCUUUAUUCCCACCUGUGCCUACAUCUUUCAGCCGGACAUGCUGGUCGUGCGGGUGGUCGAGGUCUCCAUCCUGGAGCCCGACACACCCUUGCCACAGACCCUCCUCUCCCAGCCCGGCUACCUCAAAAUCUUCGUCCCCGAGUUCACCCAGGAGCUGCGGCUGGAGCUGCAGGGCUGUGUGUCCAACGGGAGCCGGGGCUGCCCCGUGCACCUCACCGUGGGCUCAGCUACCCUGCCCAGCAACUUCCAGAAGGUGCUCACCUGCACUGGCCCCGCCCAGGCCUGCCGCCUGCUGCUGCCCUCGCCGCCCUGGGACCGGUGGUUGCAGGUGACAGCCAAGAGCCUGGCAGGGCCCCGUGUAUUGGUGGCUUUCAGCGCUGUAGCUUCUCUCACAGCCUGCAGGCCUUGGAUCGUAAACUUCCAGCAUCUUCUGCAGAACAGUUCAAACCAGAGCCGCAACAACACGUCUGCUGGUCUGCUGCCCCCGGGGCCUGGCUGGCGGGGCCUGGGGGGGAGCAGCCGUGUGGGCGGCGGCCCCUUCUGCCUCCUGAGCUACCAGGCCGUGCGGGAAGACGUGGAUGUGGUGUCUGUGCACUUCAGGCCCCCGGACAGGGCCUCGGUGCUGGUGCGGUCGGACGUGCCUGCAGUGAUGCGGCUGCAGCUGAGCACGGGCAUGGACAGCGGGGGCUCCCUCACCAUCGCCCUGUGGGCCAACGAGAGUGUGAUGCCCAACAACACCUGGGUGAAGGCCUGCGUGAACGCUGCCUCGCCCUUCCUCAGCUUCAGCGCUGCGCUCAACUGCACCACAGCCUUCUUCCAGGGGUAUCCCCUGUCUUUGAGCACCGUGUCUCGCAAGGCCCACCUUAUCAUUCCCUACCCAGAGACAGACAGCUGGUACCUCUCCCUGCAGCUCGUGUGCCCUCAGAGUCCUGAGGGGUGUGAGGAGGCCUCGGUGCUCGUGGAGACCGCCUUGUCCUUGGUGCCCUGCUUGAACGACUGCGGGCCAUACGGCCAGUGCCUCCUGCUGCGCAGACAUGGCUACCUGUAUGCGGGCUGCAGCUGCAAGGCAGGCUGGCGUGGGUGGAGCUGCACAGACAACAGCACCGCCCAGACCUUGGCCCAGCAGCAGGUGGCCGUGCUCCUGCUCACCCUCAGCAACCUCGUGUUCCUGGCCCCCAUCGCCCUCUCUGUGCACCGCUGCCUCCUGGUGGAGGCCUCCGUCUACGCCUACACCAUGUUCUUCUCCACGUUCUAUCACGCCUGCGACCAGCCGGGGGAGGCCGUGCUGUGCAUCCUGAGCUACGACACCCUGCAGUACUGCGACUUCCUGGGCUCUGGGGUGUCCAUCUGGGCCACCAUCCUCUGCAUGGCGCGGCUGAAGGCCGCCCUGAAAUAUGUUCUGCUUCUCCUGGGCACACUGGUGUUGGCCAUGACCUUGCAGCUGGACCGCAGGGGCGCCUGGAACAUGAUGGGGCCUUGUCUCUUUGCCUUGGUGGUCAUGGUCACCAUGUGGGUGUACCGCUGCGGGCACCGGCGGCGCUGCUACCCGCCCUCCUGGCAGCGCUGGGCCUUCUACCUCCUGCCCGGCAUCUCCAUGGCCGCCGUGGCCAUUGCCAUCUACGCCUCCAUGAUGACCAGCGACAACUAUUACUACACCCACAGCAUCUGGCACAUGCUGCUGGCAGGGAGCGCAGCCUUCCUGCUGCCCCCGCGGGACAAGCACGCUGAGCCCUGGGCCUGCUCACAGGGGCUCGCCUGCCACUAUCAGAUCUGUAAGAACCACCGGGAGGAGCUGUACACGGUGACGUGAUGCCGCCAGCUCAGGGACAUGCACAGCUCCGGUGGCAGCCUCUGCAGCAGGGGGGCACCAAGGGAGAGGGGCCUGUCCGGAUGGAUUUCCAGCGGAAUAAAAUGGCCCUGCACACCCA